CAUCUUUAUUAUUACAAUCUUAUUCAAUGCCAAAACCACUUCUUCAACCCCUAUUCAACUUAGUCAAGUUUAGUAGCUCACUACCAACUUCCACACCCCUGCAACAAUGUCUCCUUCUCUUUCUUUUUCGGUAAAUCGGAGCCCUAAAUUUUCAUUCCAAGGUGAGGUGAAAAAACAUGGAAAUUCGUUGUUUAAUGCAAAUCCCAAUCAUUUAAAAUUCUCAUUUCGAGAAAAACCAGUAUCAACGACACUUACUCCACAUGCUGUCGCAACAGAAAUCCCUACGCAUUGGUAUAAUAUCAUCGCCGACCUCCCCAUCAAACCUCCCCCAUUUCUGCAUCCAAAGACGUUUGCACCAUUGCAACCGCAAGACCUAUCUCAUCUUUUUCCCGAUGAACUGAUUAAGCAGGAGGCAAGCAAUGAACGAUUCAUUGUGAUUCCUGAUGAAGUUAUCGAUGUUUACAGGCUUUGGCGCCCUACCCCUCUUAUCAGAGCCAAGAGAUUGGAGAAACUACUUGAUACACCCGCAAGAAUUUAUUACAAAUAUGAAGGUGUAAGUCCAGCCGGUUCACACAAACCAAACACCGCUGUCCCUCAGGUUUGGUACAAUGCACAACAAGGUGUCAAGAACGUUGUCACUGAAACAGGUGCAGGUCAAUGGGGGUGUUCUUUAGCGUUUGCUUCCAGCCUAUUUGGGCUCAACUGUGAAGUGUGGCAAGUUAGGGCUUCUUAUGAUCAGAAACCAUAUCGGAAACUGAUGAUGCAAACAUGGGGAGCUAAAGUUCAUCCCUCUCCUUCAAGCAUCACGGAGUCAGGCCGGAGAAUCCUUGAAAUGGAUCCGUUAAGUCCAGGGAGCUUGGGGAUUGCCAUUUCAGAGGCUGUGGAGGUUGCAGGUCUUAACCAAGAUACCAAGUAUUGCUUAGGAAGUGUUCUGAAUCAUGUUUUGUUACAUCAGACUGUUAUUGGGGAAGAAUGUAUUAAGCAGAUGGAGGAUUUAGGGGAGACUCCUGACGUCAUCAUUGGUUGUACGGGUGGUGGGUCCAAUUUUGCAGGGCUCUGUUUCCCUUUUAUCCGGGAAAGACUCAAAGGAAAAAUCAACCCUGUUAUAAGAGCUGUCGAGCCUACUGCUUGCCCUUCAUUGACCAAAGGUGUUUAUGCUUAUGAUUAUGGAGAUACUGCUCAAUUGACUCCAUUGAUGAAGAUGCAUACACUCGGUCAUGAUUUCAUUCCUGACCCUAUUCAUUCCGGAGGGUUGAGGUAUCAUGGAAUGGCGCCACUGAUUUCACACAUCUAUGAAUUAGGUUUCAUGGAAGCAAUCGCAAUUCCACAGAUUGAGUGCUUUCGAGGGGCCAUACAAUUUGCUCGAUCAGAAGGACUGAUACCAGCACCGGAGCCUACACAUGCCAUAGCCGCAGCAAUACGAGAAGCCCUUCACUGCAAAGAGAGCGGCGAAUCAAAAGUGAUAUUAAUGGCAAUGUGUGGCCAUGGCCAUUUUGACCUUCCUGCUUACGAGAAAUACUUACAGGGCGCCAUGGUUGAUUUGUCUUUCUCAGAAGACAAAAUGCAAGCUUCUCUCGCCAAUAUCCCACAUUUAACCUAAAAUCUUACACCUUUUGUCUUUUUGGUUAAUAAAAACAAUCAUAAACUCAAUAAAUUUACACUAAUUCACAUUACAAUA